CGCCGGCUACAAAGCGGCGAAGGUCACGGCGCGAGCAGGCGCGCGCCGCCGUCCCGCGUCCCGUGUCCCGCCUGCGGCCCUGGGCCCCCAGCCCCGUGGCCCGUCGCCCGCCGCCCGUCGCCCGCCGCCCGCCGCCCGCCGCCCGCUACCCGCGCGGGGAACCAUGGAGGGAAUGAGUGCGCCGGCCCGCUGCCCCACGGCGGGCCUGGCCGGCGGCCUGGGGGUCACGGCGUGCGCCGCGGCCGGCGUGCUGCUCUACCGGAUCGCGCGGAGGAUGAAGCCCACGCACACCAUCGUCAACUGCUGGUUCUGCAACCAGGACACGGUCGUGCCCUACGGGAACCGCAACUGCUGGGACUGUCCCCACUGUGAGCAGUACAACGGCUUCCAGGAGAAUGGCGACUACAACAAGCCCAUCCCCGCCCAGUACAUGGAGCACCUGAACCACGUGGUGAGCGGCGCGCCCCGCCCCCGCGCACCUGCGCAGCCGCAGCAGUGGGUGAGCAGCCAGGUGCUGCUGUGCCGCAGGUGCAGCCACCACCAGACCACCAAGAUCAAGCAGCUGGCCGCCUUCGCGCCGCGGGACGAGGGCAGGUACGACGAAGAGAUCGAGGUGUACCGCCACCACCUGGAGCAGACGUACAAGCUGUGUCGGCCGUGCCAGGUGGCUGUCGAGUACUACAUCAAGCACCAGAACCGCCAGCUGCGUGCCCUGCUGCUCAGCCACCAGUUCCGGCGCCGGGAGGCAGACCAGAGCCACAUGCAGAGCUUCUCGUCUGCGGCGAAGGCCCCAGUCCAGGUCAUCGUGCUCCGCGCCCUCGCCUUCCUGGCCUGUACCUUCCUGCUGACCCUCCUGCUCUAUGGCACCAGCAACCCCUUUGCCCCACAGGCCACCCUGCCCCCAGCCCUGCUGUCAGGUGGCAAUGGCUCAGCUGCACCGGACGACGGCAGCGCCCCGGGGACGGAGGGCUGGCAGCAGCUGCUGGGCCUGCUGCCCGAGCAUGCGGCCGAGAAGCUGCAGGAGGCCUGGGCCUUCGGGCAGAGCCACCAGAUGGGCGUCGCGGCCCUGGGCCUGCUCACCUGCCUGCUGGCCAUGCUGCUGGCGGGCCGCCUCAGGCUCCGGAGGAUCGAUGCCUUCUCUACCUGCCUGUGGGCCCUGCUGCUGGGGCUGCACCUGACCGAGCAGUACCUGCAGGUCUCCUCGCCCGGCUGGCUGGACACACUCAAGUUCAGCACCACGUCCCUGUGCUGCCUCGUGGGCUUCACAGCAGCCGUGGCCACAAGGAAGGCGACAGGCCCGCGGAGGUUCCGGCCCCGAAGGUGUUCCCCACGCGUCGCGGCCGGCCUCUGCCCCACGAGCCCCAGCCUGGCUGUGCCCUACCCGGGCGCGGGCCCCUCGCCGUCUCUGUUCAUCCCCACCCCGCCCGGCUUCCUGCCGCUCGCCAGCCAGCAGCUGUUCCGGUCUCCGCGUCGGGCCUCGCCCUCCUCGCUGCCGGGCCGCCUCAGCCGGGCCCUCUCGCUGGGAACCAUACCCUCCCUGACGCGGGCAGACUCGGGGUAUCUGUUCAGCGGGAGCCGCCCCCCAUCUCAGGUGUCUCGAUCUGGAGAGGUUCCUGUUUCAGAUUACUUCUCUCUGCUGUCGGGAUGCUGUCCAUCCUCCCCGCUCCCUUCCCCAGCGCCUUCCGUGGCUGGCUCCGUGGCCUCCAGCUCUGGCUCUCUGCGCCACCGCAGGCCCCUCAUCAGCCCGGCUCGGCUCAACCUGCAGGGGCAGAAGCUGCUGCUGUUCCCGUCACCCCCCGGGGAGGCCCCCAGCACACCCAGCAGCUCAGACGAGCACUCACCCCACAACGGCAGCCUCUUCCCCCUCGAGCCGCCCCAGGUCCCGCAGAGAUCGCCGGCACGGGACACAAAGCUCAACAUGGACAUGAGGUCGGGGCCAGAAAGAGGCGGUGCCUGUAGCAGCCGGACCAUCAAGAAAGAGGACGACUCGUCCCAGUCAUCCGCCUGCGUAGUGGACACCACCACCCGGGGGUGCACAGAGGGGGCCGCCAACUGGAGAGGUCGUUUCGGGCCCUCCCUGGUCCGGGGCCUCCUGGCUGUGAGCUUGGCCGCCAACGUGCUCUUCACCUCGGCCUACCUGUACCAGGUCCUGCGCUGAGCUGCGGCCCACAGCCUCCAGGUCCCUGAGGGGCUCAGGGGUGCCCCGGUGCAUGCUGCUCCCACCACUGCCGGCCUCGGAGCCCUCCCCGGGGCGCUGCCUCUGUCCUCACCAGGGCCCGUGACCCUACUGGGCCCGUCCUGUCCUCGGGAUCCCCUCCUCACCUAACAGACCGCAGGGCUGAGCGUGGGCCGCGAGAUCACUCUCCUCCCUGCCCGUCUCCUCGGCUAACAUCACUUGUGUUUGGUGCUGACCCUGACCCCGAAGCCAGGGGUCCCCAAGGGGCUGCGGGACCCUGGGGUCCCCUCCCGCACUGCCCAGCCCGCCUGGCAGGAGGGCCACUACUACUGUAACUGCCCAGGAGCCGGCUGCCCCCUGACCCUGCGCUGCGGGCCAGGACCACCUCUCUGUACUGUACUCUGGUCCCAUGCAGCCACCUCAGGUUCCCUGGGGGAGGAGCAAGGGACGGUCCCUGUGUCACUCACCCUCAGUCCUGCCUGGGGAAGAACAGAGCCCUUGGACAGGCCCCCUUGAGGACGGGCCUCCCCUGCCUCCGUCUCGCCCUGUCCUGUCCGUUCCAAGUCUGGCCUGGCCUCUGGCUCUCCUGGCUGGGGAGGUGGAGAUCUGGGGUCCCCAGCCCAGGGCCCCUUGAGUUCUAGUGUAAGCACUAAUCCUUCCCCUCCCCUUGCCAGCCUCCCUGCUGCCCUCGUGUGCCCCUAUUUUGUUACCUCCAGUGACCUGCCCAGGCCUGCACUUCUGGGCCCCUCCUCCAUGCAUGGGGCUCCCACAGGGGCCUUGCUGGAGCCCUCAGCCUGUGUUGCCCUGCAGGACAGGCCCAGGGCAGCCUGCAGGUCUCCAAGGAGACCGACCCCACACCCUGCCCUGCCACCAGCCUGGCCCCUUCUGGCCCCCCAAGACCCUCCCUUCCUCCCUUUCGUUGUGCUGUCACCGUGGGCUCAGUGUGACCUCAGUCUCCAGGCCACCUCGGCUGGCUUCCUCUCCCACCCCACUCCCCAGGCCCCGCCACUGCCCUGCCUACUGCUCCCACGGAUUUGCUCCCCGCGACCCUCCGCCUCUGUGCCAGGGGUCCCGUCCUGCCCCUGAGUGGAGGAGGGAAGGCCCUUGGUCUGGCACAGGGACCCCCCAACCCAGUGCUGUGAGGACUGAGUGUGCGUGUGCAUGUGGCCCUCAGAUUUCCCCCACCCCGUACCCACUGCCCUGGGCCUCAGACGCAGGCAGGCAAGCAAGCGUGGACCGCGUGUGUCUUGCACGUGCCUGUGCCCCUCGGGGAGGGACUGGCAGUCUCGGUGAAUUCUAAGACUUGCCCGUGGGGGAGGUGGAGGGGAAUCGUCGCGAGGACAGGAGGAAUGGUCUUUAUCAUUCAGGGAUAAAGUUUAAUUUUAUUUUUCUACACAUUUUUGCCAGGUAAGGCAUUCUGCUGCUCAGCGGGAUGCCCCCAGUUCUCCCUGCCAGGGAGGUUUCGUUUUUUUAAGCCUUGGGUGCUUUUUUAGUAAUUUUUUUUUACCAUGUGGGGAAGGAGUUGCUCUGACCUCCCCCUCUCUCCUCUUCUCACCCGCUCCUGUCCUGAGAGCUGUUUCCUGCCCUGCCUCCCCGCCAGCACACGGGGCGUGGGGGGCCGGGGGCCGCACCAGGACCCUGAGUCCGACUGGACUCUGCCAGGGCUGACCCAACGCACAGGUGGUGCUGUUUGGCCCCUGUUUGUGGAGCGGGCACGUGUGUCAAGUUUUUUAAUUUUAUUUUUGCCUAACAAAGCCAAACUCCACUCCCGAGUACCCUUCCUCUGGCUCUGAGGAAGCCCCCAACACAGAGCGCCCACCCCCUCCUCUUGGCCCCUCCUGCCCGAGACCCGAGGUCCCAGCACCCUGUAGGGGCAGGGGAGAGGCAGGGCGGGGAAGAGGGCUUGCUUACGUUUCUUUCAGUCAAAAAAAACACAACCUUAUUUUUCUUUAUAAAAGCAAAAAAGGAAACCAAAAAAGAUCAACCUUUGAACUAUA